GCAAUAUGGCCUCGCAAUGCGAUUCUCUUUAAACAAUCUAUAUAACUGUAAUAUCAUUGACCCUGUCAAAGCCCACAGGCAGCAAUUUUGGUAGAUGGUUGGAAUGCUUAAUAGUCGAAGGCCAACAUCCUAGAGCAAGAAGAAAAGUAGGUGUUCUGUGAUUUUUUAUUUGCAGGUUAUAUUUGACUUGAUUUCGCUAAAAAAAAUCUGUCUGAAAUAAAAAAUAAAUAUUGUUUAUUGUUAAUCAAAAGUAGGUGGGGAAAUUCAUAAUAUAUUAAAUACAUAGACAUAUGCAAUGAUUUCAACUUCAAGAAGUUUAUACAAAGUAGUUGUAAAGCAAAAGUUUAUUACUAACGUGGUUCGCAAUGUACCUGUUAGACAUAAAUCUUAUACCCCCAUGAAUACAGUUGUUAUGUUUGUACCUCAGCAAGAAGCAUGGGUUGUGGAGCGAAUGGGAAAAUUUCAUCGAAUACUUGAACCAGGUUUAAAUAUAUUAAUUCCUAUUGUAGAUAGAGUGAAAUAUGUACAGAGCUUAAAAGAAAUAGCUGUAGAUAUUCCGAAACAAAGUGCUAUUACAGCAGAUAAUGUAACAUUAAAUAUUGAUGGUGUUCUAUACUUAAGAAUUAUUGAUCCGUACCUGGCUAGUUAUGGAGUAGAAGAUCCAGAAUUUGCCAUAACCCAAUUAGCUCAAACUACAAUGAGGUCUGAAUUAGGUAAAAUUUCUCUAGAUAAAGUUUUUCGUGAAAGAGAAAAUUUAAAUGUAUCAAUUGUGGAUUCAAUCAAUAAAGCUAGUGAAGCUUGGGGUAUGACAUGUCUAAGAUAUGAAAUAAGAGAUAUAAAAUUACCUCCCAGGGUUCAAGAAGCAAUGCAGAUGCAAGUUGAGGCUGAAAGAAAGAAAAGAGCUGCUAUUUUAGAAUCUGAGGGAGUUAGAGAAGCAGAUAUCAAUGUUGCCGAAGGUAAAAGAAAAUCUCGCAUUUUAGCAUCAGAAGCAGAUAGACAAGAACAAAUUAAUAAAGCAGCUGGAGAAGCUGCUGCAAUUUUGGCUGUAGCUGAAGCUAGAUCUGGUGGUUUAAAACUUGUUGCUGAAGCUUUACAAAAAGAUCUGGGACCUAACGCUGCUUCUCUAAGUAUUGCAGAACAGUAUGUCAGUGCAUUUAAUAAGUUAGCCAGAACAAAUAAUACAUUGAUUUUACCUGCUAAUACUGGAGAUGUUUCGAACUUAGUUUCACAAGCUAUGUCCAUUUAUUCAACUAUCACUAGGUCACAGGAAACACAUCCACAACAAACUAUAUCUUCAUCUUCUAAACCUUUGGAUAAUUUGGCAGAAUACUUUAGCGAUGAGGAUGUUAAGCCGCAAAAACAAAAUGAUGUAUUACAUGUUGAUUCUUUUAAAAAAAAUUAAAUCAGUAUAAAAGCUAUUUUAUAUUAUUCAUGAGUUUUUUUUUUUAUUUAGGAAAAAU